AGGAUCGGGAUUUCCAGGCAAAAAAGGGCAGUAUGGCAGGAUUAACAGGAAAAAAUGGACGGGAAAGUGGGAUCUGAGAAUCCUAUUGUGGACCCUCCACACAGGCUAAACUGAGCGUUAUUCACCAACCUUAGUAUAGUGAUUCUCAAGCCAAUCAGUGCGAGCUUUCUCAACCAUUAGCCUGAUAUAAAACGCUCAGGUUAUAUGAUUAGUCUGUGUACAGUUAGCACUAAAUAUUGGAAGCAACACAAUAUACAUAUAAAAAAUAAUAAAAAAUGUUUGCAGGCCGAAGUGUGCAUUUUUCCCUGGUCUGCAGUCUGCAUUUCAUCCUCGGUCUGCACAGACCUUGUCACGGUUUAGGAAACCAUCGUGACGGAUGGGUAACAAGGUAAAAAAUUGCAAUUUACAACUACCAAUGCUAACAUGGCCAAGGUAAAUUUAAAGAUAACUACAGUCAAACCAGUCUAUUAAUUGAAGUGAUCCUCUGUUAAGAGGUCACCCCCUAUCAAGAGGUCACUGGUCAUUCAAAUUCAUGAAAUUCGCUUCACAAAUUUAUUGUAUAUUUGACCUCCAUUAAGCGGUCACCUCAGCUAUUAAGUGGACGCAGUCACCACCAAUUGGCCAAAUUUAUUGUAAUUUACCUCUGUUAAAUGGUCACCUUGCUACAUCAGGCAGUCAACCGGAGUGUAGUUUGUUAGGCAGUUCCAAAUCACAGACAGUAAGAACUGAUUUUUUCAACAGUGAAAGAGUUUGAAACUGCAAAAAUACAAUCAAAAGAAUGUUACAACAUAAGUUCUUCAUCUUGCUGCUCCUCAGGGAUGUUCCCAAUGUUUAUUAGUUUGCUUCUGGAUUAUAAAAUUUGCUUUCCCUCUCAUGGCUUUCAUAUUUAUUAGCUUUCACUUUUAUGUUUACACAGCCUACUGCUGAGUUUAAAGUGAACCGAAACCGUAAGUUUCUAGCUAAAUCAGCCAACAAGCCAAUCAAAUUCCAGGAUUCUGGAUUCUGGAUUCCACAUCCUGGACAAUUGAGAUGCUUGGAGAAAAAAAAAAAGCUUGUGUUUUUUCCAUGUUUUAACUGAAUCUCCAGAUUUCAGUGCACUCCUCCACUGUUUGUUUCAUAUUGCUGUAAUAUCUCCAUUGCAUGAGGAAAAAAAUAGGUUUUUCAUGUUGUACAUUUGUAUGUGAUUCUAGGUAUGCAGUGGCUCCCUUUUCUACCUUUAAGAAAUUGGGUAUACCUGGUCCUCCCCCAUGGCCAUUUGUUGGAAAUCUUCCUGAAAUAAGCAAGAAGCCUGGUCAGCCAUUUUUAGUUGAAAAGGAAUUAGCUGAAAAAUAUGGAAGAGUUUUUGGGUAUUAUCUUGGACGCAUCCCUGCAUACAUGAUAUCAGAUGUUGACCUUCUUAAGCAGAUUCUUGUCAAAGAAUUCAGUAAAUUUCCCAAUAGACCACUUGCGAAUUUUGGAGGCCAGGGUAUGAGCAGCAGGAAAGGGUUGUUACAACUUGAGGAUGAGGACUGGAGGAGAAUCCGUACAACAAUUACUCCAACAUUUAGUGCUGUUAAAUUGAAGCAGAUUGCACCUUUAAUUCACCAAUCAUGUGACACAUUGUGCAAAAAGCUGGAAAAAAUUGCCCAGUCAGGAGAAAAAGUGGACAUGUGGAGGACUUAUGGAAAGUUUACCAUGGAAGUGAUUUUAGCUUCAGCUUUCGGUGUCCAAGUAGGCAUACAGACAAGUGAUGAUGAGCUUUACACUUCCAAUGCAGAGAAACUGUUUCAACAACCUGGAUUUUCCUUUGUUUUGAUGGUGUUCCCAUUUAUGAGGCCUGUACUUCAGUUGGUCACCAGUCUGUUCUUUCAUUCUUCUGCAACUGAAGCAGCAGCAUCUGCAGCCUUUAUUAUGAAAGCUGCAGAAGAGGUGUUGCAUUUGAGGAGGGAGAGUGGAGUAUCACAGAGGAAAGAUCUGUUGGAGCUAAUGUUGCGUGCAGAAGUCACUGACAAAGACGGCAAACAUGUGAGUAAACUGAGUGAUGAUGAAGUUCUGGCACAGUCUUUUACAUUCAUCUUAGCUGGAUAUGAGACAACAAGCAAUGCUUUGGCAUACACAACAUACUGUCUAGCUUUGAACCCUGAAGUGCAGGAGAAACUCAUUGAGGAAAUUGACGAAGCUGUUGGAGACAAGGAAACUGCUGACUAUGAGACAGUCCAGAAUUUGGAGUAUUUGGACAUGGUGUUGUGUGAAGCAUUACGUCUGUAUCCACCUGCUUUCAGAUUUGGACGUAUUUGCAGUGAAAGCUGCACAUUAAAUGGUGUACACUUUCUUAAGGAUACAAUGGCAAUUGUUCCUGUUUACCAUCUUCACCGUGACCCAGAAUAUUGGCCAGAUCCAGAGACCUUUGAUCCUGAGAGGUUUUCCCCGGAAGCCAAACAGAAGCGCAGCCCAUACUGUUAUCUUCCGUUUGGCACAGGACCACGAUCCUGUAUUGGCAUGAGAUUUGCACUCAUAGAAGCUAAACUAGCGUUGGUUCAUCUACUGAAGAGGUUUACAUUUCAGCGUUCUGCAGAGACUGAGGUACCCCUUCAACUCAAGGCUGCUGUGACAAUGGCCCCAAAGAAUGGGAUUCAAGUCAAAAUCAUUUCAAGGAAAUAAGGAACUGAACAGUUAGCAGGCUUUCCAAAAUGACUCAAAACAUAUGGAUCCUAAAUUUAACAGACUAAAAUGAAAACAUGUUCAUUAGCUGAAUUAUUAUGAUCCAGUGAUAUAGCAAAAUUGAUUUAACUGUGUUUUGGUGGUAUUUUGGGCCAUUGUGCAAGGUAUUUGCACCAGUGAAGCCGGUCUUUCUUCAGGUAAAUCGAACUUAACAGAUGAAAACCAAGGUACUCUCCAUGGACAAAUUAACAUGAGUGAUGUCACAACCUGUUUUGCUUAUAAACAGGACCCUAAUAACAUUGAUGUAAAUAAAUGAUUUCUUUUUGAAAA